GAUAGUCGCAAAUCAAAGGUAGGGUACCUCAACGACAAGACUCACGGCGAAGACGACAUGGCCGACCAAAAGACAGCCCCUACCAACCCCAUGAAGGAGGUUAAGAUCGACAAGCUCGUCCUCAACAUCUCCGUCGGUGAAUCCGGCGAUCGUCUCACCCGUGCAUCCAAGGUGCUCGAACAACUCACCGGUCAAACCCCCGUCACCUCGAAAGCCCGCUACACCGUCCGUACAUUCGGUAUCCGUCGUAACGAAAAGAUCGCCGCACACGUCACCAUCCGUGGCCCCAAGGCUGAGGAGAUUCUUGAACGUGGUCUCAAAGUCAAGGAGUACGAGCUCCGCCGCAGGAACUUCUCUGAGACCGGAAACUUUGGUUUCGGUAUUCAGGAGCACAUCGAUUUGGGUGCCCGUUAUGACCCUACCAUUGGUAUCUUCGGAAUGGACUUCUACGUCGUCAUGGGUAGGCCAGGUGCCCGGGUUGCAAGGAGAAAGCAGAAGAAGGCUCGUAUUGGAGCGGCGCACCGUAUCAAGAAAGAGGAUACGAUGGCAUGGUUCAAGCAGCGAUUCGACGGUAUCAUCUUGGCGAAGUAAACGUUCAUUGUCGGCCUGCUUAUUUUUAUGACUUUACCACCCUCACUAUGUCUUACUGCUGUAUUGCCAUGCAUCCACACCAAAAACUUCCGUAAUCAUGUGUGAUCCUGAGUGUGCUUAUUAUCUGCCUUUGUACGAGAUUGGGCGCUUGAGUCUCGCGUUUCAGCCUGCAGUCGAGUGGAAGCAACACCAAGAGCACUUGUAGCUUGAUUAUUCCUGUAGUAGAUCCAGGUAACAGUCGCAUGAGUUGCCUUUGCCCAACUAGUGAAUUGAACAGGAUUAUUCACAGUCC